AUGAAACCAAAUAAGCUAGAAAAGAAAGCAACAAGCAAAAUGACAAAGAAGCCCUGAAGCAAGAAUUACCUAUCUCCUGAGUCAGUGAAAGAUUUUGAUAAACAAGACCAACAUUGUGAUACCAGCGGAAGCUGAAAGUACGACAACACUCCAGGAGAAGAUGAGGAAUAUUGUUUAGACAAAUAUUAUGAAGUAGAGAAGAUUCUUAAAUGCUCUGAAAUCAAUGGAGAGCUAAAAUAUCUUGUAAAAUGGGAAGGAUACUCAAUGUCAGAAUGAACUUGGGAACCUAUCUCAAGCUUCGAAAAUAAUAUGGAUCUGAUCGACGAAUUUAAUAAGAGUCUGAACAAAAUAGAUUUAUCAGAAUCUAAAUAUAAAAAUGUUAAUUGUAAGAGGAGAAAAGAUAAGAUAUGCAAUUAUCUCAAGCCAAAGAAUUGAUCCCAUUUGCCAAGUCCCACCCAGUCUCAAAGCUCGAAGAUUAGAGCGAAAUCAUCCCCGAAGAGAUUACAGAAGUUUGAUCCUAUACCAGAACCAGAGAUUCAUGAAAUAAAAGAUGAUACUGAAAAGACUAAUUACAGUGUCUUUAAUAUGCUAGAUGAUAAAAGCUCGCCUUCAGAUCUUGAUAUUUUUGGAGGAAAAGACUCUGUCAAAAGCAAGAAAGCGAUAUGGCAACAUCAAGAAGAUAACAUCUCUCCUGAGAAAUUAUUAGAUUAUGGAUUUAAUGGCCAGCAAGAAUACGGAGGUAUAUUUGGUGGAUACGGGGGUAUAUUUGGUGAAUUCUAUGGCUUUCAAAAGAUCAAAUCUCCCACCAGAAAAGAAGAUAAAUGAAAUCCAGCAAUUAAGAAGCCUCUCACACUGCCCAUAGUUUCUCAAAAGAAGAAAAGAGAUGCUUCUCAGGGUAAAAAGAAACAUAAUUUCUUAACUAAAGUAUUUGACUCUUCAGAAAACUUGGAGGGUAAUCUAAACAACAAGAAUUUAGCAAACUCAAAGAAGGAGAAGAAGGAGAAGAAGGCUCUAAAGAAGCUGAUUAACCCUUCAAGAGCUAUAUUUAUAACGAAGCGAAGGAAGAGGACUCAUUCCGUGUAUUCCAAACGAUCCAAGCAACCAAAGAAGUCUAAAAAGCCAAGGGAGAUGCCAAUUCAAAAGAUCUUUGAAUUGGAGAGAGUUCAUAGGAAGAAAAGGCCCUCGUCUAAAGGAAGUGAGGGCCUUAACAUUACAUCAACGAAGGAAUGAAGUAAAGCUACAUUUAACUACCCCUCUACAAAUGCAAGCUAUAUUCCUGAAGAGAAGGUAGUAGGGUCUCUUAAAACAGAUGAGCCACAGAAAAUCUUGAACAUGAAAAUCUCUGAAGCUAUGAGAGGGCUUGUUGAAUGGAAGAAAAGGCCUGGCGGGACCAAGCCACAGAAAAGCUACUGAUCAAUGGAAGAACUUAAAGAAAUGUAUCCACGAUUGGUCUGUGACUUCUAUGAAGGCAAAGUUAUCCAGAAGAGGUUGAGUAAGAACAGAAAAAUAUAGCCAAGUAAAUUUCCAUA